UACUCCCCGUCUCGAUUCUCUCUCCCUCUCACAGAACCCGCUCGAGCCUCCUCGUCGUCUCCGGCCACCGUCGAGCCUCCGCCGCCGCCGCUGUCUCCUUCGACGUCGAGUCUCCUCUCUCUAGUUGGGAACGAGAGCAACUCGGUUUCGAUCUUCGUCUGGAAUAGCGUUGAAGUUGCUCAUAGAUUGAUUCGGAUAAGCAAGAAAAUUUCGAUUGAUAAUCAGCGUAUGAGCAGUGUAGGGUUUAUGGUUUAAUCGGAAUUCCGGAAAAAUGGGCUGUGAGGUCUCCAAGCUCUCUACAUUUUGCUGUGUUUCAGAGCCAGAGGCCUCGAAUCACGAGGUUCCAGGUUCAGAUGACGACAGGAGGGGUGAAGUAAGUGAUCUGCCCCGAUUUCGUGAAUUCUCAAUCGAGACGCUAAGAAUCGCUACUUCGGGCUUUGCCGUAGAGAACAUAGUUUCAGAGCAUGGAGAGAAAGCUCCAAAUGUGGUGUACAAAGGGAAGCUGGAGAAUCAAAGGCGUAUUGCUGUUAAGAGGUUUAAUCGUAGAGCAUGGCCUGAUGCCCGCCAGUUUUUGGAAGAGGCCAAAGCUGUUGGCCAGCUGCGGAACAAUAGGUUGGCAAAUCUACUAGGGUGUUGCUGUGAAGGUGAAGAAAGACUACUUGUUGCAGAAUUUAUGCCAAAUGAAACUUUAGCAAAACAUCUUUUCCAUUGGGAAUCACAACCAAUGAAGUGGGCUAUGCGGUUGAGAGUAGCUCUACAUAUUGCUCAGGCUCUAGAAUAUUGUACCAGCAAAGAACGCGCACUUUACCAUGACCUAAAUGCUUACAGAGUUCUCUUUGACGAUGAGGCAAAUCCAAGACUGUCAUGCUUUGGUUUAAUGAAGAACAGUAGAGAUGGAAAGAGUUAUAGUACCAAUCUCGCAUUCACUCCUCCUGAGUAUCUAAGAACAGGUCGCGUGACACCAGAAAGUGUGAUGUACAGCUUUGGAACUCUACUUCUCGACCUUCUCAGUGGAAAACACAUUCCUCCAAGCCAUGCUCUGGACCUAAUACGAGACAGGAACAUUCAGAUGUUGAUGGACUCAUGCUUGGAGGGUCAAUUUUCGAGUGAUGAUGCCACCGAAUUAAUACGGAUAGCCUCGAGAUGCUUGCAAUAUGAGCCCCGGGAGAGGCCUAACCCAAAAUCGUUGGUUACUUCUUUAAUUCCGCUUCAGAAGGAUAUUGAGACGCCUUCCCAUCAAUUGAUGGGCAUACCUAGCAAUGUGGCAUCAACACCUCUUUCACCUCUCGGGGAAGCAUGUCUAAGAACAGAUCUAACUGCCAUACAUGAAAUCAUCGAAAAGCUUGGAUAUAAGGAUGAUGACGGUGCAGCCACAGAGCUUUCCUUCCAGAUGUGGACCAACCAGAUGCAGGAAACUCUGAACUUUAAGAAAAAGGGUGAUGCAGCUUUCCGACAUAAAGACUUUGCAACUGCCAUUGAUGGCUAUACUCAGUUUAUAGAGGUGGGAACGAUGCUGUCUCCAACUAUAUACGCGAGAAGAAGUCUGUCAUAUCUAAUGAAUGAGAUGCCGCAAGAAGCACUGAACGACGCAAUGCAAGCGCAAGUGAUAUCGCCUGCUUGGCAUAUCGCGUCGUACCUUCAAGCAGCGGCUCUUAUAGUGCUUGGACAGGAAAACGAAGCACAUACCACUCUAAAAGAAGGAUCCAUGCUCGAAACCAAAAGACACGCUCUUUGAUGAGUUUGUGUGUGGCUGAUCCGAGGAGAAGAAUGAUUCUGCUUUAUAAUAUAUAUACUAACCACAAUCAAUCAAUGAUUUUGUUCCUCCGAAGAACGAAACCCUGCCCUCAAUCCUCAAAUGGUGAUUAUUAAAGCUGCAGUAUGGCACGGUUUGCAUUCUGAUCCUUUCUGUGUGCAUUUCUGGUAAGUUGGGUGUUGAUGGUUUUGCUUUUUAUUUGCAUAUAUAUAUAUAUAUAUAUGUUUUUUUUGUGGGGUGUGGGUGUGGAAGAACUGUGGUACUACUGAUCAAUCGCUGCUCUGUUUGGAGGGUGGUUGUUUUUGUGGUGGAGAUGUGAUGAAUGGUGUGAUUAUUGGACUUUUUUUUUGUAAUCUAUACCGUAUACGAGCAAGGAUGAUUCAGUUUAUUUGGUUA